AGCAUCAGCACAUAGUGAAGUAUUGUGUGACUGAUGCGGCCUGGUAGAACACCACACACUCGCUACGCAUCGUCCAGAGCACAAGUAUUGUGUGACUGAUGCGGCCUGGUAGAACACCACACACUCGCUACGCAUCGUCCAGAGCACAAGUAUUUGCCUCAUUACCAGAUAUAAUUCAAGAAAGAAUUCCUCAGCGCCAUGGAGAUGAUUAACCAGUUCCCUGAAGCCAACCACAGUCACAUACACGUCAGCCAGGAUGACCAUAAGAACCCAGGCCACACCAGCAAGAUGGACGACCGUCGAGUGGUGCUGGUGGGCAGCGGGGAUAUGACACGGGCUUUGGUUGGCAGUCUACUGCGAGCCGGGUUCAACCCUGUUGUAGCAACUAGGAAUCCCACCAGAGCCAAAACAUGGCUGAGUGGCGACGAAGUAAAGGUGUGUACGGUUGAGGAGGGACUGAGUCUCGGGGACCUGGUGGUAGUGGCGAUCCCCGCAGCUCACCAUAACUCACUUCCUACGGAUCUUCUGGCCAACAAAAUUGUCAUCGACAUAAGCAACAGGUCCCCGGAGAAGCCACCAGAGGGCCUGAGCCUGGCGGAGAAGCUGCAGGCGAUGCUGCCAGAGUCCCAGGUGAUAAAGGCUCUCAACACCAUGUCCGCUUAUGUCCUCCAGACAGGCAACCUUCACAGCGGCAGAGAGGUGCCAGUGUGUGGAGGUACGACAGCUGCAAGGACACGGGUUAUGGCUAUGGUGAGGGAAAUGGGGCUGGCGCCCGUGGAUAUGGGAGGACUGAAAAAUGCUCGCACCCUCGAGGACAUCCCAUUGUCCUUUUUCCCCGAGUGGAAAGUAGCGGCUAUUAUAACAGGAAUUGUCUUCAUGUUUUUCUGGAUCCUCACGCUCUUCAAGUAAGUCAUAAGUGGUGAUGC